CACGGUGGCAGUUCAUCUUAUGUGUUGAGAUUUCAUAAUUUAGAAUGACGAAGCUAUUUGGAUAAUUUAUUACCGAUACGAUAUUGAGAAUGCCUAUAAUAUUUGCAUUGUGAUUGAAGUAAACCUUUUGGGUUAAUACAUAAAUUCCUGAAUAUAAAUAUUUUACAACGAAUUGCUUAAUUACCCUCAUAUGUAAUUAUAACUAUAAUAUAGCCAAUCCAUGCUACCUAAUCAACCUUCAUUGUAUUUCAAUGUCCUAUUGACAGAUGGCGUUAAACGAAGUUGUAGGUUGCGCGAUACAUUUUCUUUAGGACGCGAAGACAGCCGCGGUUUUAUUGAUCCGUCUGCAGACCACUUCCCAAUUCGCGCUAACUUCGUCCCUUCGCAUCAUUAAUACAAAAUUACACGAAUUAUUUAUUCGGAGAACUCUUUAGUUUGUUUUAAUUUGUGAUCCGGUCAGCCUAACGUAACAAAAUCAUGUAGAAAAGCGAUUCCAAUCAAAAUUUCUUUUUAUAAUGCUGAUUUGACAAAAGUAUAUAUGUGUUUAUAUUUUUACUGCAGUGUUCUUUAUUUUUUUUAAGUGUAGCAAUGGAAGUCAAUAUAACAUCUGAAUUGAGAGUCGACAGGUAGAAACUGUGAAAAAUGCCGAAACGAAUACCGUUCCACGUCGUUUACGCAACUAGCGAAGACAACUCGUACCCAGCAUGCGAGCUGAACGCGCAGGGUCCGGCGGCGCGCGGCUGGCGCAGCGAGGGUCCGCCUCCGCACGAGCUGCUCCUGCGCCUCGCCUGCGUCACCAGCGUGCACAAGCUGCAGCUACUGGCACAUCAUCAGCUCAUACCCGCUUGCGUGGAAGUGCUGGUAUCUGGAGGCCUGGUAUCCGAAGGGGCAGCAACACCAUGCGGAGCCACGUACACCAGUGUUGGAAGGGUCACCCUCGCGAAACCGGCACCGCAAGCAAGAACCAGGGAGCUCAGAUCAGCGGCGCUUCCCGAACCAACAGUGGCUCGUUUCGUCAAGUUAAGACUCUCAGGACCGCAUCCUCCUGCGAAAGAAAAUGACCAGGUAGCGUUAAUGGCAGUCAACGUGCUUGGAGAGGAAGUGGAAGAUGCAGACAGACCCACUCCUACAGUCAAAUCAGAGCCUUCGUACUCCCCCUACGAUGACCUGGCCUUCGUCAUGUACGUGGAUAAUGAAAUAGCUGACCUGGUGAGGAGUUUGGAUGAGAAGAAAAGGACUGCUGUGGCUGAGGAGCGCUUCGAAUAUGCUCGACGGUUGAAAUCGGCUGGUUCAGCGCUUGCCGCCGCCGGGAUCAGAAUAGGAAGGUGGCGUCUUCGCAAACGCACUGCAGCUGCGAGGGAUGACUUCGAGCUGGCGAGACGGAUGAGGGACAGGAUCGCUGACGCCCUCGCUGGAGUCAAAGAGGAUCCGCAGCUGUGCCGGCUGUUUGAGGAUGACGGGCAUGACUCGCGCAACGAUUCCUCAAUGCCGCAAGAGUACGAUUUCUCCCACCAUCUGUCACCAUCCGUCGUAGCUGGGUCCUUGAGCUUGGACAUACCAUCACCAGUACCUCCGCUGGAGCCGGCCCAUGGACACGAAUAUGUUAACGGCGAUGAUGGCGACGAUGAAGAAGAGAUUAAUCAUGUGGAGAAGUCGCCAGCUCACAUACUUCAAGACGACAUACCACCGCAGUACAUAAACCAGCCGAUACAACCCGUCCAAGCGCAAGAGGAGAAACUAGACGAGCAGAAGAAAAUAGAAGAAGAAGAGUUAAGAAAAGAGACUGACAGUCCGCGUAGAAGUAUCACUCCUAAUGCUGCUAAUGGUUCACUAAUCAGAAGAAGGAAUAAAAGCGCGGGCCCACGCUCUACAUUCGAAGCUUAUGAGGAGCGGCUUCUACCAGCUUUGAGACACUCUCACACCAACGAGUACCUCCGAGAGGCGCGGGAGGAGGAGUGCAGCGGAGGGAGCGCCACCUCACACGCACGACCUCCGCACAAACUCAAUGAGAGGGAGAGAAAACAAGCUGCUCUGCCGAUAUUGAUAUUUGGAUAUCCACUGGUAGAAAAAUUCUUCUCCAAAAACUACCUGGACAAAGAAGAAGGGUUGGCACGACUGCGGGCGGAACUGACCUCCCCCUCCAACGGGAGUACGAAGACCUCCCCGAACAAGACGGCCAGAGCCGCGGCGCUGCUACUCCAAAGGGCGCUGAGGGACAAGGUCUUCUCGGUCUACUCACAGGCUAACGAGGUCGUUCGAGUGCUGUUUCAAGAAUUCGUGCCGGAUAGAGUAUGUGCAGCGGAGAUUGGUAGGUGUUUGGAAAAGAUCCUCCCAGAGCUGCUGCGUGCGUGCGGUGACCCCGCUCCGAGGGUGCACUCCACAGCCCAACAUACCGUCCUUACUCUGGCUGACUGUCCACAAGUUCGGGCUCUCCACAUAAUUCCGCAGCAAUUGGUGCGACCAGUGACUGCAUCCAUGCACCCACGUCUCGCGCUGUCGCGGCUGCAGAUGCUGGAGCAGUUGAUACUCACACACGGCAUCUCCACUGAUAAGAACAGCGGUCUGACGGUGCGUCGCAUCGCGGAGUGCGGCGCGGCGGGCGCGCAGCACGCGGGCGGCGCGGUGCGCGCGGCGGCGGAGCGGCUGCUGCUCGUGGCGUACGCGCGCUCGCCCCGGCUCGUGCGCGCGCAGCUCCCGCCCGACGACGCCGUCACGCGCAGGAACCUCAUCUACCGACAUCUCUUCCAGCAGUUCGAUAGGAUUGAUAUGCAGAAAAUGCUCAACCAAGUACCAACAGAACAACAAAUUCUAAAUCCUGAUCAACCGACCGAUAAUCAAGACACUGCAAGCGUAACACCGUCCAUUCGUAGCGGAACAACUAGUGGCAUGACGACUUCAUUAGGGAUGACAUCAUCCAUUGGAGCCACGUCAUCGUACAGCCUUAAAUCCAUGGCUACCAAUACCAGUGGAGUGACUUUAGCGCCUUCUAGUCUGAGUGGAAGUUAUACGACUAAAUCAAAGAGCAGUUUGAAGAAGUCUCCAACGAAGAGAUACACUCCAAGCAGGACCGCUAAAGACUUCUCAAAUUAUCCGGGUUAUAAUAAGCUGAGGCUGGAUAGUGCUGUCAGUCCGAAACAUUCUCCUAAGUCUACUGCUUCUGGGGUCGAGAAGGUCCACUUCCAAGAAAACCAAAACGACCAGGAAGUGAUCUUUAGAAGAACCAACCGCAACUCCGAGAACCGUCACUCUAUGAUCCACUACGACCACGAAAUCUCGAAGCCACAGCUCAAAGAGCGACCCGUUACCGUCUACGAGCCCCUGCAUUUGGACUAUCGGGAAUCUCCCACUCUAGGCUCCCCUAAAACCUCCAAGAACGACAUAAGAAGCAUGGACUCCUUACCUAUGGAUUCUCCCCAAAUGUCCAGAAAUGAUAUGAGGAGAGACUCGGAUUGCAGGAGCCUUGAUUCUCCGAAAGUAAAGGCCGAAUAUUUUAGAGAGGGGGUGUUGGAGUCUCCGAAGUUGGUGGCUGGAUUGAGGAAUCUGCAUUUGGAUGAGAGCAGUCAGAUGGACGAGAGCGGGUAUUAUAGUCCAGGUAGAAGACAGCAGGUGGCGAACAGUGAACCUCCAUAUGAAGGGUACGAUGGCGCUGAUUGUGGUGAUCAUAUGCCAGAAAGCAUCAGUUUGCACACAACAUGCACGUGGUGCGGCCGGCGCGUGCGCGCGGAGGGUCUGGAGGCGCACUACUGGCGCCGCUGCGUCGUGCUGGCGCGCUGUCCGCACUGCAGGGUCGCGCUGGAGGCCAGGACCCUACACGUGCACCUGCUUGAAGAAUGCUCAAUGAGCGAGGGAUGCUGGAAGGCGUGUCAGAAGUGCGGAGCGGCGCUCAGGGCCGACGAGAGCGACUACCACAUUAAUUGUAUUCCACUCGGUCUUGACGAAUGGAAAUGUCCUUACUGCUUCACGAACGUCCUGGCUCGAGACUUGCCGUGGCAGCGCCACCUCAUGCAGUGCCCCAGGAACCCCAGGCUCACGCAGUCCUCCUAGACUUUUUAUUUAGCAACAAAAGUUAUUUGUGAGGUAUUGAUAUAAAUGUUUUAAUUAUAACCGAAUUUUAAUAAGAAAGGUGAGUUCUAAUUGCAAAGAUAAAGACUAAUACAUUAUAUGUUUUCAAAACUUUGACCAUCAAAUAUUCGAAAUUAUAUAUUUACAAUUCUAACGGCUUUUUUUUUCUAUAUAAGUUGGGUAUAAGUGCCUACUUGAAUAUGAGCCUAACAAACCCAAUGACUCAAGAAGUGAUGCCUUUCAUUAGAAAAAUAUUAAACACCAUUUUUUACCCCUAAAUUAUUUGUUACUACGAAGAGAAAAUUCAACAAAAGAAGUAUUUUACAAAUAACAAAAUUAAUAAAUUAAACAAAAUAUAUUCAAUGUCAGAUAAUCGAAAUAAAUUAAAGGCUAUUUAUAUUUGUUACAAUUAAGAACUAACCAUAGUAUGAUGUAAAUACUAUGUUGAAUAUUUCCUCACAAAUAACUUUUACGUAAUGGCUGGCCAUCUUGGUCUAAUUUAUUAUAAUAAAAAUUGUUAUUGAAAGAAUAAUUAAUGGUAAACUACGCAAUCAUCAUGCUCAUCAUAAUAACUUUUUGCAAAAUUAUACACUUACUAACACACAAAAUACAAAGGAUUUUUGUUAGUUUACCAAUUUUUAUAGGAUUUGUGCAGAUAAAAAAUCUUUAGUAUAAUUCUAUAUUCUUUUUAAAGUGUAUUAUUUAAUAUCUGUUUUAUUUAAAGUGUUAUUCGUUUAACGAUAAACCAUGAUCUCAUUAGUUAAGUAGUUAAAAUGAUUUUCUCGUUGCGCAAUACCGUCAUUUUACUAAAAAUAAUAAAAAAAUCGAUGCCGUCAUGAAUCAAACAAAAUAUAAUAUGCUUACUUGUGCACUAUUUUAUGUACUUUUCAAUAAACUUCUAUUAUUUAAAUUAUAAUAUGUUACGGAGACUUUAAAUCUAAAAAUCGUUUUCAGAAUUGAUUUUGAAUACCUUGAUUAAGUAUUUUCUUCUGAGUACCUCUGGCUUGAUGACUUACACCUUUGAACUACUUUUAACACAGAUUUAAUGACAUAUAAUUAAACUUUACGUACGCCUUUGCUGAAUUGAUUUUUAUGUUUUAAGUUAUCAUCCGUAACAUAUUUUAACUAUCGAAUAAUCGAUGACAAACUGUAAAUUUAAUAAAACCUAUUUGCAAGCAACAGCUCAGCUUCUUAGUCCAUGACUACCGUCCAUUGGUUAUGAAAUCCGUCUUGUAAAUGCUCAUUGCUCAUUCUAAAUGGAACCUUUUUGGUGUCAAAAUCGAUUUUUAUACUGUUCUGCGGAUUUUUAUUUGACAUCAAUAUUUACUCGCUAGUUGCGUAGAUUUUUUACUUGAGGCUACUUUUACGGUUGAACUUGCGAGCUGUAUAAAUUAGUUAUAGUAAUUAAACAUAUUAUUACUAUUUUUACUUUUCAUUAGCGCUUUCUUAAGCUUAUAUAAUUACUACAGAUUGUGGAAAUAAUUGAUAAACUUAUAGAGUUACUUUUAAACAUUAAUUUUGAAUAGAUUUUUCAACUCGCUACCUACUAUUACAAAUAUAUGAUAUGAUGUAAAAAUGUUCUUUUUAUAAUUUAAUUUAGAGCAUUUAAGCAAUGAAUAGGUUGUUUUAUGUAGAUAAAAUUCGUUAGUCAAAUGGAUUUUAUACGAACUUAUUUAUUGUGUUUAUUUAUUAGUAGUAGAUAAAUAGAUAUAGUUUUAAUUAGGUUUUCAUCUCUGUAGUUGUCAUAAUCAUAUAAAUGCCUUGUUGGCAGCGAUUUUACAUUGUACGAGUAAACAUGUACAGUUUGGGUUUGACCCGGUUUUGAAUUUAUAUGUGAAUAUCUAUCCAAAUUUGAAUUGCGUAAAAAUAUUCAUACCGUCAGGAGUAAUUACAUCUCUAAUUACUUAGAGAUAUCUUUAAAUAUAUAAAUACGUAAAAAUCCAUUGUACCCCCUUUUAAACACAUGAACGCGCUCGGAGUAGUGUGAAUUCGACGUUAAAAUUUCGACCCAUGGGUGACUCUUAGUGUAUACUUAAGAUCAAAUUUGGUUUAAAUUUGGUUAUGACAACAACAUCGAAGAAUAAGUACCCCUAAAUACAUAAGAUAUUAGAUUUUCUUUCUCCAUACUAUCUCUACACUGUUCCUAUUUGCACCGUUCCUAUAAUAUAUUACAAUAUUCGUAAGCGCAUUUUUAGAUCAUCAACAUUUUGUCUAAAGUAGUGAAAUUGAUGUUUCGACCAUUAUGGUAUAAAAGAAGUAUUUAUGACAUUCUUUACAUGUCUCUGAGGAAUUUUGCCUGAUUAUUUUUAAUUGAGGUUAUAAAAUUAAAUUGUUCUAUAUUCUUUAUAACGGUUUGCCAAUUAAUCAUUAAAAAGACUAAACAAAACUUAAUUUCAUAUCUACAACAAAAAUUAAAUAAUGAACGUCUUACAAAUAAGUUGUGUACUAAAAAUAUUUAUUUUCAAAGUCCAUCUCUCUCUUAUAUUUUAACCUAAUAAUUAGUCAUUAUGUAAGGUAAGUAAGUCAGUAUAUAAGAUUAGUUAUAUAAUAUACCACAUCACCCCCUGUGAUAUUGGGUUGAGAUGUCGUUUCGGUUAAGGAGUGAUCGUGAGAGUUAUAAGCAGUCGGAAUUAGAUGUAAUUUAAAUAUAUAAGAUGUUUUUACAUGGUUAUAUAUCUACUUAUGGCUAUUAGGGUUACUUGUACGAUGAUACGACGAUGAUGCUUUGUUAGACAUUUUAGGCAAAACCUAUAACCUAUAUUCUUUGACUAAUCACCGAUUUCAAUAUCUCAAUUUUUAUCGUCGCAUUAAACCUGAGAAUAAAAUAGGCAAACUAUUGUAACCACUAUGUCAAACAGACUCUACUCUGAUUGGUCAAUUAUUUCGAUCGAUCUAAAGAUAGCGAUUGCGUUAUUGAAGUCGGCCGUAAAUAUAACUAUUGAUUUUCUCGCUUGUUAGUUACUUAUAUUAAUAUAAGUACAUAUAAAAUCAUGUAAAAUUAGGCUAGUGUUAAAACUUCAGUAUCCUUUGACAUUUUUCCAUAGUCUUUGUUUGAAGGUUUUUGUUUGCAAUUAGUAACUGUGAAGUUACGAAAAUAAAUUGUACAUGCACACCCAGAAUAGUACUUUAACGAGUGAAUAUUAAGAAAAAUAAAUGGCAAGGUCCAGAAAUGUGCAGUUUAAAAACAUUAAGAAUAUUUAUCAAAUUAUCAUACCCUGUCUAUAAAUUUCACAAAUAAUAAUGAUAGAUUAAAAUUAUAGUAAAUGACCUAAUUAUGAAUACAGGGAGCUUGAACAAAUAUUUAUUUACUUAUUCUAAAAAUAUACAAUCCAUUUGACUGAUGCAUUUUUGAUACAUCUAUAUGACAAUUACUUAUAUGUAUGUACCUAUGUUUGUACUUUGUAUGCAUUCCUAUUGAGGUAAUUGGAAUUUUCAUAAUGAUAAUGAAUAUUAUUUAUAGGCGUAAAGGAUUUCUGUAAUUAUUUUAAAAAUAUGUUCGACUUUGUAAAUUCCGCCAUACUUAUUUUUUGAAAAUCGAAUUUCGAUGCUGGCGAGAAUGUCUGUAUUAAAUAUUUUUCAUUUUUAUUUUUAAAGUGAACAAUCAUUGUCAACCAGUAUGUUACUGUAAUUUAAAAGUUUUUUUUGUUAUAUUAUUCCUUAUUUUUGUAGAAAUAUAUGCGAUUAUGAAGAAACUUAGAUGUUUUGUAGAUACUCAAGUUAUUUAUAAUGUCCCCAAAGUAGUCGUUACGACUAGUUAUAGGUAUGUUUUAUUACGAAUUUAAAGAUGCACAUAAUAUUAUUUAUUUUAAAAUAAACUAAUUACCCAUAAUUUGUUUAAUAGAAUUUGUAUCACUUAUUGUUAAUGUAUGCAUGAUCGUAUUAAUGAUGCGAAUGACGAAAAUAUAUUUUAUUUUAUGCACGCAAAAUCAAUUUGCUUUUCCUAAAAUAAACGGUAAUCGUCCAUUAGAUCUGUACAUUAUUUAAUAUUAUCAUUAUAAGACAUUAUUUUCGCAUUCGUAAAAUCAAAGCCUGUCUUCGCUUUCGCAACUGUAAAAUUAUAAUAUUGUAUUCGCAUUUAUCACUCAUUGCAUCCGAGCCACUUAUUAUCGGAAGAAAUUUCAUCGUUUCGCACAAAUUAUUACGACAAGAGUGAAUAUGCCAACAUUUGGAAAACGUAUUUGAAAUUAAGUAUUAUUGUAACUAAUUGGACUGAUUGUAAAAAAAUAUAUUUAACCUUUUUCAUUUGUCUUCGUCAAUAUUUUCAAAAUUUAUACAUUAUUAAAUAACAGCAAUAUUUCACUUGUAAGUAUAUAAUUUUAAUCUCAUAUUUAAGUGAUUUUAGAAAAUCACUUUCCAGUUUCAAUAUUUUUUUUAUUUUGCAGUGGGUUGAUACUUGAUUCAUUAAAUUUAGAAUUGAUUAUAUUUCAAUAAUCUAAGUAUGGAGAUAUAAUGGAAAAGGUUCGUAAAAUAGAAAGCAGGCGCGGUUAGUUCGUACGUUAUAGAAUAUCAACAAAUGAUUUAGGUAUUAUAGCCUUACAAGGAAAAAUAAAUAUAUUCGUCAUGUUUUGGUAAAACGUGGAACUUCUUGCACUGGUAAUAUUAACUUUAAAAGGAAAAAACAAAGACGGCGUCCCCAAAGCAAGGUUAUCCUGGUUAAGCUAUAAAUAUGUUCUGUAUUAUAAAGGGAUGGUAAAGGUAAAUCAGUAGCCUGUGAAAGUUGUAGGUAUAAUUACAAAUAGACUAUAAAUACUGUACUGUAGUCGAGAGUGGAACGGACUGCCGAAACAAAUGUCCGCAGGUUCAAAACCCAAAUGCAAACACCUCUCAAUUUUCCAAAAUGAUGUGUGUAUUCUUUGUAAAUUAUCGCUUGCUUUAACGGUGAAGGAAAACAUCGUGAGGAAACCUGCAUACCUGAGAAAUUCUUUAUAGAAAUUUGACGGUUUGCUGAGUCUACCAAUCCGCAUUAGGCUAGCGUGGUGGACUAUGGCCUAAUCCCUCUCAGUAGUAGAGGAGGUCCGUGCCCAGUAGUGGGACAGUAUAUAAUACAGGGCUAAUACGAUAUUAUAUGUAUAAAUACUGUCAUCGAUGAAAAUGAAGUUAAAAGCCGUGCUGAACCGCGUCUGAUAAGUUAAGUCGGGAUGACGAGUCAGGGUUAAGGUUACCCUCAUUUGUAGUAUGUUGUUUGAAACGCAAUGUUUAUAAGGCUCUUGGAUAUCCAGGCUAAUUCAUAUUUGAGAAA